UCUUCAGUUUUUUUGAGGUUAUAUAAAAGCAAAUAUCAGAAUUUGCUUAAUUUUUCCUAAAAGUUUAAAGAAUUAAUAAAAAAAAAAUAAAUCAUCACAAUGUCUGACUUUGAUAGCUUAUCUUCCAGCAGUGCUGACAAAGAAUUGCAAGAAUUCCUAAUGAUGGAAAAACAAAAAGCACAAGUAAAUGCUCAGAUCCAUGAAUUCAAUGAAAUCUGCUGGGAUAAGUGCAUAGGCAAACCAGGCUCCAAAUUGGAUAGUGCUACCGAAACGUGUUUGUCCAACUGUGUGGAUCGUUUUAUUGACACCUCUCUGCUGAUAACACAACGUUUUGCUCAAUUAUUACAAAAACAAUCGGGUGGCAUGUAAUAAAUAUUCUUGGACAAAACAAAUUAUUUUUAGCAGUACAAUUUCCUGACCAAAUUAACAAACCUUUAAAGGACACAUUUUUUUUUUUGAAGUAAGAUUUGAAAUCUUUAGGAAAUUUCACUUAAUUUUCCGAAAAGAAAAAAUGCCGUGUAAUUUUUAUUUUGAACUUUAAUAGUUUUUUGUUAUUUUAAAUAGUUCCAUUAAAAAAAUAAGAAUUACAACCAAAAAAAAA